AUGAGUUCUACAGGCUUCAAAAGCUCCCUUACCAUGACCUUCAUUGGUACAGCAACUGCUAUAUUGGAUAUCGAUGGUGUCAGAUUCCUGACCGAUCCUUUCUUCUCGCCUGCCGGCACUGAAUUCGAUAUUGGUCUCACGGUCCUUAAAAAUGAGGAAAGCCCAGCCCUUCGUCUUGAGGAUCUACCUCCUAUCGAUGCUAUUCUUCUAAGUCAUGAAGACCAUCCUGAUAAUUUGGAUCCCCUUGGGCGUCAACUUUUGGAUGGCCGUCAUGUGUUGACGACAAUGGAUGGCGCGUCAAACCUUGCUCCUCGUCCAGCUGUCCGCGGUCUUGAACCUUGGGAAACUGUUACUUUGAAUCUUGGAGGGAAAGUCUUUGAAAUAACCGGUACACCAUGCCAACAUCUACCUGGUGGAGAGUGUACUGGCUUUAUCAUCACGACUGAGGACUUCGGCGUUGGCGAUAACGGUCUCCCUAACGCAAUCUACUUCUCUGGGGACACUGUAUACCUGGAAGAAUUCAAGACAAUCCCCGAGAAGUGGAAUAUCACCGCUGCAAUUCUCAACUUCGGUAAUGCCACCCCGGUGCUCCCAGACGGGCCUGUGCAGAUCACGUUUGACGGCAAGCAAGGCGCCCAUAUGUUCCGUGUUCUCAAUGCAGAUGUUCUCAUUCCUAUGCAUUUCGAUGCUUGGGGUCACUUCGAGCAAAAGGGUGUUGAACUCAAGUCAGUUCUCAUCGAGGAGGGGAUCAAUGACAAGGUGCAGUGGCUUGUGCCAGGAAAGCCCGCGAAGGUUUUAUGA